GUUGGCGGCGACGGCGGCAGGAGCGGCAGCCGGGAGGGUCCGGCAGCCUGAGCUGAGGGAAGCGAGGCGAGGCGGGGCUGCGUGUUUCCGGAAGACGUGGCGGCUGCUGCUACCGCUGCUCGCUACUGAGGCGGCUCCGUUCGUCCGCUCGCUCUUCCGCCGGCGGCUCCCGCCUCUAAGAGUCCUGUCAGCGCGCACUCCGCGCUGCUCCCGCCGUCGCCAUGAUUUCCCUCACGGACACUCAGAGUGGGUGAAGGGGUGUGUGGAGGGGGGGCCUGGGGAGGGGGCGUGGGGGAGGGGAAGGAAGAGUUACGGUUGGCUUUGAGGGGGACGGGCGCAGAGUUAUGUCACGGGCCGGGGAGGAGGGGGCUGGGGAAACCCUUCAGCCAAUGAGUCGCCCACCAUUAGUGCCAUUACAGUACUAUUACUAGGGCCACUUGGGGAGGGGGAGUUCAGGAGUGGGGGGGGGGACCGCCCCUCUCCUCAACAAACCCAAAGCACACGCUUUGAGCAAACAUUGCUGCUGUUCCUGAGAGAGAGAGAGAGAAAUAUAACUUAAUAUUUUCAGGUUUGGGGAAUAGAGGAGCCUUGCAAGUAGGGAUGCUGUUUAAAGAUAGCAAUAGGACAUGUGUUUGGGUGUGUGGAAUAAAGCAGUUUGAAUUACUGUGCUGUUACUGCUAUUAUACAGUAGGUCACGCCAGUUAGCUCCGAUGAUUAGAGUAUGGUGCUGAUUUGUGGUGGGUGGGUUUGUUACACAUACUGUUUAUUAUUUUUAUUAAUAGAUUUAUUAGUUGCCUGUCACCCAAAUGGGCCACCUGCCUAUUCCCGCAUUGCAAAGACUAGAAGAUCCUUGGGGGUCCCUUUCAACUCUACAAUCAUAGGAUUCCAUAGUUAUUAAUUGCAUUAUAUCCCGCUUUUCCUACAAGGAGCUCAGAGUAGCCAAUGUAGUUCCUCAGCCCACCUUAGCCUCACAAGAGCCCUGUGAGGUAGGUUAGGUUGAGAGCGAGUGACUGGCCCAGCAUCACACACAGUGAUCUCCAUGGCUGAGUGGGGGAUUUGAACAUUGGUCUCCCAGGUCCUAGUCCAGCACUCCGUAACCGUUGCACCACACUGUCAUGAAGUUCCCUAAGAUUAUCAGCCCAGGGAAGCUAAGCAGAUCUGGGUCUGCUCGGUGCUUUGCCCCAUGUAUGCCAGCUUGGGUUCCAUGAUGGGAGAAAUGCCCAUUGCUUCUCUCCUGUUUCCAGCCUGCUUAGUUUUUAAACUGAGCACUUGGGAGGGAUGGAGUCCUCUGACCAUUCUCUGCCAGCCUUCCCGCUCACCUGCAUGAAGUUCCUUGUCACCUGUGACUGCCAAGCUAGUGCUUAAAUACAGGGUGCCAAUAGAUGUCCCUACAAAAACGGCAGCAACAACAUUUUUUAAAAAAGAAAGCUUGAGAAAGUGACUUCUUGCUGUAUUUUACUAUUUUUGUUUUGGAACAAUAAACAUCUCAAUAUAUUGUACAUGUUCAGGUAGCUGGAAAAUGGUAAAUGGAACUAAGUGAGAAAAGAAAGAGAAAGUUCAGUUGAUAAGAAUGUGAGCAAAUGUCACAUUCAUUUAGAAGUUAAAUGCCUUUGGAGAAAAAUCUUUAGGGCAGGGAUCUGGCAUAGAAUGCUUUGGGGAAGGUAGAAUGAAGGGGCAGAGGAGUGUAAGAAUUUGGGAGUUUUAGGAAUGUCUGCCUGGAGCAUAGUUGUGGUUUGGAAGUCUACUCUGACAAAUGAAAUGUAGUUUGGGAGUUGUACUGCAGUAUGGAUUGUCAGAUUAACAGAAUGGGCAAUUUCUCAUGUGUGAAGUUUGUGGGAAUUCAUUUGCCCAGAGGACAGUAAUAACCCUGGUCUUCCCAAGUUAGUGAUCAAGCUUUAGUAUUGUGACAUCAGAGGUUCAGGUCUGUUAGAAUCAAAAACAUCAAAGCUAUAAAAAUACUAACAACUCAGAGUGGGAUAUACAUAUUCUUGAUAAAGUUUUUAAUUGUUUUGAACCUUGGGGUCCUUUCCAACGCUACAUUCUCUGACACAUACUAGGGGAGAGAUUUUUAGAAGAUUUCAUUAUAGCUUCCAGCGAAACUGCUGUAGUCACCUGUUCACCAUACUUCUGAAUUUUCUCCAAGGCCAUUCCCAAGUAGAAUGAUUGGUGUAGGUUUAUUUGGCUGUACUUCAGUACACCCUGACUGAACUAAAUGGGGUGUGUUUCUGAGUAGACAUAUAUUUUACACUGCCCGCAGUUUGAAAAACUUCAGAGGAGCAACCUUUUCUGUGCAGUGUGUGAUUCUCUCAGUUAAACAAACUAGUACUGCAUUUGUUGAUGAUUUAUUUUAAAAUAAAUCUAUCCCAUUAUUACUCAUAGAUGUUGCAUAAUUAGGAGGCGUACACUAUUAAUGUGAAAGUGGUGAGACUUGUGAUGCAAUGACACAGUUGAGACAUGUUGAAAGGAAUAUGAAUAUGAAAGCCCAAGCCAGCAUCUGCUUUGUUGUGCCAGUUAAAGCCAAGAUUUAAAAUUAUGCACAAUGACCAUAGAGGCAUCUUUCUGCACAAAUAUCUUGCAUAGUCAUGUCAGAACUAAAGGAGUGUUCAGAAGCAUUUGUAUAUUCUUAUAACAAUGCGCAAAAACAUGACCAUUUUCCUUAUACAGUAUUUAUAUGUUGGCUUUUUGCCUGAGGGGAGAUUAUAAGCAUUGGAUUGCUUUUUAUGGUACAGCAGUAAUUUAGGUUUCUUUUAGAACGCUAGUUGGUUGAUGCCACUAAGGAUGGGGUGAUCCUCAGAGAUGAAAGUGUAUAAGCUUAAUUUUAAUUGUAGUUGGUUAUUUGUGGAUGGCAAAGAAUGUUGGAAUAGUGUAUGUACUUUUACUGCAUAGAAAAAUAAUAUCCUCAAAGCACUACCUAGCUCAGGGGUGGCUGACCUUUUUUUGGGCCAACGGCCAUACUGACCCACAUCUAAUCCUCAAGGUGAAGUGUAAAAGUGGGUGUGGUCAUUUAUUUAUUUUUAAAAUGAACACAAUUUGGGGGAUGCAAACACUUUUGGCAUUAAGAGUUUAGGAACAGGAGAUCUUAUGGCUGCAGUCAGUAAACAAUGCUUUUUUAAAAAAAGUAAGGCAUGAGGGUGGGGAGGCGGAAACAAAACCUUCUGGCCUCAUGGGAUCACAGUGGGUUUUGUUUUUUAAUUUAAAUUUUGGGGUACACCUCAAAAACAUAUCUUUCUGCAUUGCUCUAAUACAUGGGUCAGAGAAGGUUUGCAUCCCUUACCACUUAUGAUUACCCCCUUAAUCACUGUUUUUAGCUUUCAGCAGAACUGUGAUUUGACUAAAUUUUUGGGUACUUUGGGUUAGGACUUACGGGUUCCGUCAGGGGCUUGCUUACCUUUCUUCCAUGAUUUGAGCACUGCUGUUUUGUGUAAUAUAUUGAUCAACUGAGGACUCCUUAAUAAGAUAUACCAUAUUUAAGAAAAUGCACCAUGCACUAUUUGUGUAUAAGACGACACCUUAUUUUAAACUUCAAAAAUUUAGGAAAAAAUAUAGUCUUAUAUAUGGAAAAAGACGGUAAUUGUUGAAUACAAAAUUUAUCAUAGAUCUUGUUUGAACUGUUUGAACUAUGUCUGUUUUAACACAUACAUUAUGUGUUAAGAAGUCAGACUUCUGUUUGCAGGGCAUAUUUUUUCCAUUUAGAUUUUUUGAUUGGAAAAAUCAAAGUGGUUUAAAUUUUUUCUUAGGGUAUUGGUCCAGACCCUCUCUUAAGAGCUGUUCAUAACUUUUCCAAGACAGAAGACAUGAUCCAUCUUGUUUUUGUUGUGAUUCAUAGAGCAAUUCAUUAAUAAUUUUUAAAAACCUAGUUCUUGACAGUGUUAUUGUACAGCUGUUUAGAUGAGAUAGUGACUGCAGAGGCUUUGAAUUUAUCCUGUAGAGUAUUUGGACUGAAUGAAACUUGCAAAAAUAAUCUCUGGCUGAAAAUGAAAUCCAAUUUCUUUUAAACGGAGAUUUAGCUUUCUGGUGAAACUGAUACUUAUAAGUUACUCAGCUUAUUCAGUAAGGACUAUUUCCAUUUUGCUGUGGGCAGGUACAUAAAUACACUUGACACUAAUCUUCUGGAAAAAAAAAUCCCUUCUACUUGUUGCCAACGUCCCUAAUAGUGCAGCCUUUUUGUUUCCAGAAAACGCAGCAGUUUGAAACAAGCUUCUCAAAUUAAUGGUUCAAACUUAGCCACUUAACUUAUCUCCUCUUUAAUCAGAUAGGUUUGUGUGAAAGUCAUACAAAUAGGUAAACCGGAUAAAUUAUAUCUGUUAAUUGUGUACAUACAUAUGCAGUCCUGUGACUAGCAGGUGUUCUGUCCUUUUUCCAAGUUAUUCUUACUAGUAGUAUUGUGCAUUUCGCAGGGCUUUGAGAGAGAAGAGAAGACAUGGCACUUUUUCUUUAAACAUGAUAUUGCCAGUUCUAUUUUGAAAGAGAAUGCACUGGAUGAUCUGUUUUUACUUCAAUCAUGUAUAAACUUCAUGCUGGUUACUCUCCUGAAGACAUCAUAAUACAGUUACCAAGCAUAUUAAAUUAAUGGUGUUGUAGGUGUAAAGCAGAUAACAUAAGGAAAACGCAUGAUCACAGCUGAAUCUCUAACUCAAUGUGUUUGCUCAUCUACGCUUUUGCUCUGCACUUUCUAGGCACAAGUUCUUACUUUGAAGCUCAGUGUCCGAGUACUUUUUCUUUCGUGGAUUCAGCAGUAAAGAGUGGAUUUUCACAGGGAAAGCACCAGGGCUAAAAAAGCAAAAGCACUCAGACGCAGAGCUUUAAAACACAGAGCUGUGCCUAGAUACAUUGCACAAAAGGAAGUCUGGAUGAGCCCAGAGUACAAUACAGUGGUGCCUCAGGUUACAUACGCUUCAGGUUACACACACUUCAGGUUACAGACUCCGCUAACCCAGAAAUAAUGCUUCAGGUUAAGAACUUUGCUUCAGGAUAAGAACAGAAAUCGUGCUCUGACGGCGCGGUGGCAGCAGGAGGCCCCAUUAGCUAAAGUGGUGCUUCAGGUUAAGAACAGUUUCAGGUUAAGAACGGACCUCCGGAACGAAUUAAGUACUUAACUCGAGGUACCACUGUACUUGAUGGACCCUUAUGAAGCAGCUCCCUGCAUCAUUGCAUGUUUCCUGCCUGAAACAGGGCAAAUGUAAUUUGCAGCUGUCAGGGAGAGCUGGUUUUAAAUACACAUCGGCGAAUGUUGUGAUCGUAGCUUGCAAAAGAAAGUUCUGUGUAUUUUAUUAUUACGUGCUUUGGGGGGGCCCCUACAUAAUGCUAACUCUCUCCUUUUUUAUUGCAGAAAUUGGAAUGGGCCUCACAGGUUUUGGAGUGUUUUUCCUUUUCUUUGGAAUGAUCCUAUUUUUUGACAAAGCACUUUUGGCUAUUGGGAAUGUAAGUGAUAUUUUGCAUGAGUGACAUUCACGCUUCUCUCUGAAUAUACAGUGUAGUGGGAUGGAUAACCUGGGGGGCGGGUGAGUUAAAUCUUGAGGAACACCUCGUCUAGGGCACACUAGAGAAUCAUAGGAUCACCUUGACCAUAUAUAGUUGAGGAUGGUGUUGUAGCUUGGUUGAUGCCUUUCCUCUCCACAGCAAAGUGAAAAACGUUGAACAGUCAGCAGCUUUGUACCCUGGGUCGUAUCUAACAAUUAUAAAUGUUUAAAAUAUCUGAAAACAAACCAAACAUCCUCAGAACUAAUAUUGUCUAAGUCUGUAGAAAAAAAUUACUUUCAACCACCAAACACUUUGAUGAACAAUAACAUUUUAAAAUGCUGCCUAAAAAUGAAUGAGUGGGACAGACACACUUCACAAAGAAGGGCAUUCCAUAAGCGGGUUACUGUUAUAAAGAAGGCCCCGUCACAGAUCAGCACCCAGGAACAGCAACACCAAGAGGCUUCAUUUAUCUCAGUGUAACUGAGUAGAACAUUAGGUUAUGGAGCCUUAAGCACCAGCCUGCCACCUAAUGAGUUAGCCACAUUAAUUAGUCCUGUAAAUAUUUAAUUUCUACAAAUAGCUAGAGGUAGUGAAUUAAAAGUAUCUGUUGUUAAAAGGCUUGUUUCCACUUGGCAGUUGGUGUAGCUCCCAUAUGCCAGAAACUCAUUUCUAGAUAAGUCUUUGAUUUCUAGCUUUCCUUCUUUAUCACGAGGAUGCACUCACAAUAAAAGUGCAUAUUUUGUUGUGAUAAAUAUAGGAUUGAUCAAACUGAUGAGAACUCCCUAUUCAAUAUGGAUUUCUGCUAUUCCAGAACCUGGCCAGUAAUUUGGGUUUCAAAAAAUGGUACCAGGAUUGACCCUGCAGAAUGGCAGUAGACCCUUUGAUCCAGUUAGACUAUCAUUACUUUAUUGUUACCCUUCUUACUACCUUGUUUCAACAUAGUUAAUUACCACCCUGUAGUUGUUUUGUAAGCUUACAGUACAAUUGUUUGGGACUAGGCUGAACGCCUUGAUGAAGUCCAGGUACAUCAGUUUUCCCCCCUGCUUGAUUAAAUCACAAACUUUUUUUCAAUGUAAUGCCCGUUUUCCAGCACAAAUUGUUCUUAAAGUCAUGCUACUACCACUCACAUUAAGUGCUUACAAAUUAAUUUAUUUGCUGCAAUGAAGUCUGCUUUUGUAUUGUGCCAGCAUUGUGAAAAAUCCCUUUGACACAUUCAUGUUUCCUUCCAGAGUUAAUUAGUGUCAUAGUGGUAACAAGAGACUGCAUUCUGGUUUUGGACAUCUGUUGUUGUUGUUGUUUUUUAUGUUCUAUGAAUACCCAGGGUGGAAUUCAGCUAAGUCUUACUCAACAUAAACCCAUUGAAAAAUUGAAAUGAAUAUGACUAAGUCAGGGUCAUUAAUUUCAACAAUCUACUUUUAGUAAAAUAUAGUCUAUUGCCCCCUUUAAAAUUUCUGAAGGUGUGCUCAAAUACUUUUUUAUUCAUUAUGAAAUUAUUUUUUUGUAGGUUUUAUUUGUGGCUGGCCUGGCUUUUGUGAUUGGUUUAGAAAGGACAUUCAGAUUCUUCUUCCAGAAACACAAAGUGAAAGCCACAGGCUUCUUUCUGGGUGGUGUACUUAUAGUUCUUAUUGGCUGGCCCUUGAUAGGAAUGGUCCUUGAAAUUUAUGGCUUCUUCCUCUUAUUCAGGUAAGAUUUCUUUGCUGGUCUUCGCUUUUGUUUGGGGCAGUAAUGAUUUUUUCUAAUGUGGAGUGCUUUUGACAGUCAAUGAAAAAAUAGUUUUGUACAUGACAGGUUGUGUGUGUGUGUGUGUGUGUGUGUGUGUGUAAGAGAGAUUCAUCAAGCAGAACACUUGAGGAAAUUGUCCCUUUCCCUUCAAAAUUCACUAUCCAGUCUUUAACAGUUUUGCAUUGACAACGGUGCAAUUGUAACCAGAAUUUCCUCUUCAGCAGGAAUUGGAAACAGGGUUUGAAACUGGUUUGUUAACCAGGAGCCUGGUAAAUGCCAACUACUGUUAAUUAGAGGUAGUAUGUAUGGCUCAGGUCAGCAAGGGAAGAUUCUCAACACAGGGACAGAAGCAUAUGAAUCAGUGUUGUUGCAUCUUGAUUGCGUACGUGAUGGCUCAUUCACACAAGCUGACACUUGAUCCUGCAGGCAUUAAAUGAUGAGCAUUUAUAGGAAUCCCAAAAGAGGUUAACCAGAACAAAAGCAUCCACAUGAAUCCCUUAAUCCUUCUUUGUAAGGGAUGUAUCAAUGGCAGAUCCAUAGGUUUGCCUUAGGAUUCCUACCGGUUAUUAAUUUCACUCCACUUGAUUUGAUAUUUUGCCUCUCAGGCUCUUUACACAGCAAUUGCUUUUCCAUAUAGAGGAAAAGAACCUAGAAAGUUGCACUUGGAUUGGAUUCUUGCACAUAACUUAUUUCUCACAUAACCAUGCUUCUUUGUGUACAGAUAUAGUAGUCUAUAUCCGGAAUCACUGUUCAGUGUUGGACAUCAUAUUUGCUGAUUACACAAAGCUUUACAGCUUGUCUUUCAUCGUACAAAGUCUGGUACCUCGCUUCAUUUAAAGAUUUUCAGACACUUUGAGACUAAGAUUUCAUUUUGGACUUGUUAUGGUUUGAAGGAAUUCUAUAAAAGAUUGUCUAUUGCAUAUGUACAUGGCCAUCGUGUUGCCUAGACAUUGCUGACGUUCUCUUUGCAACACGGGUUUGUUUGGUUACUUGUGUACAGUAUAUGCAGGUAUACUUGCUGCAAAAUUAGAUUUAUGUCAUCUAUAUAUGGCUUUCAUGCAUUUUCCUAUAAGAAUUUGUUUCCAUGUAGGAAGUCUAUUGACAUUUGAAGUUGCCUGAAAAGUAUAAGGAUUUUGUUAAGAGUAUAUUACUUACCCAGAAAGGGUGGGGGAGCAAAUGCCGUAUGAGAGAGUGUGCAUUUUUUGGUACAAAACCUGAGCAGUUUGUGUUGUAAUGCUGCCAUAUCUAACCUGUGACACUUUCUUCAUUUAAAGGGGCUUUUUCCCUGUGGUGGUUGGUUUUAUUAGAAGAGUGCCGGUCCUUGGCUAUCUCUUGAAUUUACCUGGCAUUAGCUCAGUAAGUAUUAAAACUAAUUCACAUAAGCUUUGGGAUCCCUGCUCUGAAGUUCCUAAGUUGUUUGUCCUGUUUGCCAGCCCACUACAUAUGUGGACUGUAGGAGAUGAAAUGCAGCACAGAUACAAUAAUUGACUUUUUAAUAUUUUGAGUGUGCAAAUAUCUUAAAAUAUUUUAAUUUAUGUCCUGAAGAGCAUCUUUGAUUUAUUUAUUUUUAAAAUAAAGUUGCACACACCCUUAAAAGAAUCUGGGGCAGUGGGAGGUGUAUUGCCUUCUUGUUAUUUUGUGCAAAGACAUGUAUUCAACAUAUGAGCUAUCACAUACCUGAAUGUGCAGCAUAUGUGACUCUGUACCUAAAAAUAUGAGUGGAAUUCUAAAUUAUGCUGGUUCCAUAUAAACAAAUGCAACACAGUAUUAGCCAAAUCUUCAUGAUACAUCAUGAUUUCCAAACAUUUGUAGAGGAUGAUUCACUAACAAUUUGUCUGUCUUUGGGAUCUGCCUUUUCAGUCUCAUCCUACUUACAGACACAAAUUUCCCUUGCCUUCAGUAUAUGCUGCCAGAUAAUUUGGCAACUCCACCUGUGACUUGUAGAGAAUGAGUGUUAUAUUAUUGUGCUCCUUAGGCACAAUGAAUCAUGGUUUCUUAUACCGUUAGCUGAAUUUGGUUUUGGAGCUUCAGGUUAAUACCAGUUUUAGUAAAGAAAUUGUUUGGCUCUCGUAUUUCUGACAUGAACAUGUUGGUACCCAAAGUUUAUCAUGUCAUUUAUAAGCACCUGUCCAGGUGACCUGUGCCAAUACAAAAUAUUUGCCAUCUGCUAAACUGUUUUUUAAAAAAAUGCGAUUUCACCCCAAAGCUGACUAAAUGUUAAGCCUUCCAACACUAACACUCUGAGGAACUGUAAGUUUUCCCAAGAUGCAGUCUGAAAGCCACUAUUACCCUCCAGAUGUUUUGAACUACACCUCCCAUCAUCCCUGGAUGGAGCUGAUGGAAAUUGUAGUCCAAAAAUCCCAGAGGGCACCACGUUGAGCAAGGCUGGGGUGUCUUACGUUAGUGGCUUUCAGACUUCCCAAUUAAAAGAUCAGGGAAGCUUUUCCACAAGACAACUUACCCACCACUACUUCUCUUCCCUUGUGGUGUGCCACUGCAAAGAAGUUUGGGGUAUCUUCUAGGAUGCUCUGUUCACUCAGGAUGAUUAAGAGCCCCUAUUGCGCACUGCAGAACAAUCCCUAGAGUCCUUUGCAAUAGACACUCAGAUAACUGUUGUAUUCAUGGACACUUCAAAUUUGGAUCCAGUAGUUUUAAUAUUGAUAACUGAAUUUUGAAAGCUAGUUUUAUGUGUACACCACAUUAAAACUGAGCAGACACCAUAGUUGUAUUGUUCAAUGUUUAGGCAGCUCAAUGUUGAAUUAAAGGAAGAGAGCAGGCCCAUCUCCUGAGAAGCUGUUGAGGACCAUCAUCUCUGUGGCUCACUGACUGCUCCUGCCAGCCACUCAGCUCCUGUUCUGGCCAUGAUGUUCAUUAUGUUAUAGCACAUACUUUUUUAAAAGGCCCAUUCAUGUAAACAAACAUGGUGUCCUCCUUGUGGGUGCUGCCGUAUUUGUUUGUGCCUGUAAUGGCCGGCUUUUGUUUUUGCAUUAUGCAUGCUUGAACAUAUGUGGUAUCAUAAGCACAGUGGCUGGAAUUUGAUCAUAGGCAACUCACUAUAAACUGACAGUGCUAAACGUAUGGUGUAUGAGAUUGCACAGUGACUUCUGACUUCAUUGUGGCCACAAUGGCCUUUAGGGUGGGGCAGAAGCAAUUCUAUCUCUGCUCCAUGAUGUCCUUUCUCUGCCUGGUAGUGUGCCCUUUCACAGCUUGUGCAUCUAGCUUAUGCUGACGCAAUAGUCUCAGCAUUCCCACCCUAAACACUUCCUUGCCAAUGCCAUAAUUUGUAGGGUUGAUCCAAAAGCCUAAAUAAUAUAGAUGGAUUUUUUCUCAUGUUACAUCUAUUUAACCAUUGUUGUGUUCAGUCCCUUGAUAAUCUGGCUUUACAUCUUUCUCAUUCUUGGUCUUUACGAAUAUCAUUUAUAAAUCGGUUUUCAUGGAGUUAAAUCCUUAUUGAAAAGUUAAUUGUUGAUGUUUUCUUCAAAGCCUGCGUAGGCUCAGGAGACAGUCCCCAGUAAUGGUUAGUUGAAAAUAUCAUAUUCAGUCUAUUAAUGCAUGAAUGGCUGAUGUUUUUAUUUUUUCUUUGGGUUAUUGAGCUAACAGUUUUUUAUAUUUGCAUUUCUUUCGGAUUUUUUUCCCCAUUCUGUUGCAUCUUCAUGUUGCUCUGUGUCAACAUAAAAACAUACCACGCCUAAACACUGUUACAAUGCAAAUUACAUCACAAGGUCUCCCAUGAGACCUUGGUGCGUACUAUUUGAAUAUGAUCACACCUGGCCAUCUACUUAAAAGCUCAGCAAUGCCUACAUGUUGUUUGAAGUAGUUUGCACCUUAAUUACUCUCUCUCCUCUGCUCCCACCCCCUUUCUCUCUUUUCCUGGCAGCUUGUAGAUAAAGUUGGAGAAAGCAACAGCAUGGUAUAAUGGCAAGUGUGCCGAAGACUGGUUCUAAACUUAUAUUAUUUAUAAGGUCCUUCUGAAGAAAAGAUCAGCACAAAGAUUCUCUUGUGUACAGAGGCAAAGUUUGUAACGAUCUUGACGUAAGUUUUUAAUUUACACCAUAGUCUGCAAAAUACAUUUUUAGCAAAGAGCAAGUGUGCAGCCAGGACUUUAAGCACCAGGAAUUCUGUGAAUUGAACUGAAGAAAAAGUCAUGGGGAAACCCAUGGUAUUAAAACUGUUCAAGACUACUUAAUGCUUUUGGGAUAUGAGCUAAAUGCAGCAACUUCCCCCAUGGAACUAACAGUGCCUGUAACUUUUACCUCCUACUUUUGAAGGUGUAGCAGAGCAAAUAGGAGUCACCCUUCUCUCUUUCUUCCUGCCAAACUCCUCCCCUCUCUUGAAAGAAGGUAAAUCACCCCUUCUUACAUUUUUUCUUCUGCUGAAAGCAAGAGUUCCCAUAAGCAUGAUGCGCAGUGUGUUUUAAGAUGGAUUGUCGUCUUUAACUGUGUGCGAUAGCAGAGGAUUCCACUGCACGAACAUGCCGUAUAAACCAUGUAAAUGUGUGGCUGAAAUACUGCUUUGUAGGAAAAUGUUUAAAGCCAAAGGUAAAUUCUGAUUAGGUGUGUAUUUACCUUUUGGAAUAUGCAAAAACUAAUGAUUUUUUGUACUAAACGUCAGUCUUAAACCACUCUUGGUUUUAAUAUCAAUUUAGUUUGGCAGGGAUUAUGGGAACCAAUUUUACACUCCUUUUUGACUGGUUCUCCUUGAUACAUGUUACAUCUAUUUAUCACAAAAAGGAUAGAACCCUUUCUUACUGAAUACGUUUUGCGUGCAUCAUGUUUAGCUCCUGAAAUGACUUGUUUUAAGGUGCUCAGCACAUUUUAUGAACUCGGACCUGCUCAGCUAGCUGAACCUCUGAAAAGACACUCCAUUCCUGAAUAUUCCUCCUCUCUUGUCUGCAGCCAGUGUAACAUCCUGCAGCAUGUAAUAUCCUGUUUUGUACAUUGGCAAAGCACCGGGUUAUGCCGUAAAGGCACUAAGAUUUGGGCAUCCUAUCCUUGUUUUAGGAGAGCAUGUUACAAAGCUAAUUUAUUAUGUAAAUAACUUUUUCGGAAAACUAAGUAAAAAACUAUUAAGUAUGCUGGGAGGAAGUCUUGGAGAAUUGUAUUGUAGCAGCAUUGAUCAAGUGCCACAUCUCAAGGCCAUUUUUUAUUGCUGUGGCUUAAUUUUUUCCUAUCCCAGCAUUUAGGAAGGAUGCAUAUUUCAGCACCUGAAGAGUUUCUAGGCCACUUCAGGCAUUCCACCGAAGUGGCCAGUAUGGAAGUGUGAAUUGACUUACACUGGGACAGAACUUGCUUUGUCCCCAUUGCUCCGAAGAAGAUGCAGACAUCUGACGGAAAGGAAGCACAGCUAUUUCUGCUUCCCACCACGUCUGUGGAAUGUCUGAUUGUGGCUCUUGUACAAAUACCUAGUUCAAACUGGUGUUUGUAGGCAAAGCUGCAUAUAAGCCCCCAUCAAGAUGAACAUCUAUCAUCUGACUUGCGUGAGCAUUUCUGUUGAUGCAAACUGAUUUUGAAACACCGGUAUAAACCACUCAUGUCUGUUAAUGCCUGACAGAAGUAGCCAUUUUAACUGAAUGAGUGAUUAUUUAAAUAGACAUUUUUAGUUGUGGUAAGCCAGUUUUUUAUUAAAAAAAACCUUUGAAAAAGUAAUUGAUGCUUCUAGUUGAAAGAGCAAACUUUGCAUGAGCUUCCCCAUUUUGCUGGUUUCCUCUUGAGGAAAGAAAACUGUCUCUUAGGAAAUGCAAUAGAGUUUUGUUUUUUGCCAAAAAGCGCUGAAAUUGGUUUUCUUCAGUCCUGAAGCCAUUUGUGUACCCCUAUAUCAAUCUCACUGUGACAGAUGUUGCUGCCUGGAAAAAAAAAUGGUUCCCGGGUUCCAGCUGCAAUUCUGAAAAAAAUAAAAAUGCAAAUCCUGUUGAAUCAAAUGGGACAUGCUCAUGAAAUAAGGUUUUGCAGCUCAAACUUUUUUCCUGGUGCUGUGUAUGCGCUACUGUUUAAGCAGAACACCUCUGGCAUAUGCUUGAUAAUCCCCACAUGCAGGUUUAACUGCACAGGAGUGCAUUCAUGAGUCAUUCCUGUAUCUGAAAUCCAUUAACCCAUAUUUGGGGCUCCAAGGGAUAUGCUUAAGCUUUGGAGCAACUGAGCAAUUCACACAUCAUUCCUAGAGUUGUAAUAGGGGCCUGUUCAGAUGUUGCUUUGACUUUGGGAUUCUACCUAGGAAGAGCUCUGGAGCAGGUCACAUAUUUCUGUGUUGUCUUCCUUGCCCCUCACUUAUGAUGAGUAGGAACUAAAUGAACAGAGGAGAACCAUCUAUGCUCCUGAUUCAGCCAGGUAUUACCAAGUUAGGGAGCUCCUAUGUUCAGAUAAAUGCCAAAUUUCCCUCCUUUCUUCCUGUAGUUAGGGGAGCAGGAGGAAACUGGUCCUACUGGGUACAAUCUCAUAAAGAAAUACUGUCUAAAUGCACCCUUAGAUUAAUCAUGCCCAUGUCAUGUUCUCAUGGCUCUGGUUUCUGGUUUCCUUGCAAGUUGCUAAAUAGUGAAUGGCGGUAGCACUGUAGUCCUCUAGAAAGUAAAAGCGAAGACAAUUGACUUCUUAAAAUGGCCCGAUUUGAUAGAAAUCCUGCCGUUUUGUGGCGAGCGUUGCAUUAAUCUUUAAGCGCCUCUUUAAACAGACAGCAAGGGCAAAAGUGGUCAAGACACACAAACACCCAGUACAGUUCUUGUUUUGACUUCCCACAGCCCUGUAUGAUUAGAAAGGCAUGCAGAUUACUUCUGCACACAAAAAUUGUUGCAAGACUUUAAGAAUGGGUAGUACCUCUCUCACUGCCCUUCACCGAAAUAGAAAGUUCUUCAAAAGUUAGCUCCCUUCUGAGUUCAGAGGAUUCCGAAGAUCUAUGUUGGGGCAACAACCUGAAGCUUCUCAAGGCUUUGACUUGUAAUAGGUAGGAGAGGUGAGUUGUGAGCAGAGCAUAACACCUGCAAUUUCCAAGGUAAUGUUCCUUGGCAGAUACAAAAUAUAUAUAUUUUGUGAUGUUGGUAUUAUGAUAGAGGUCAAAAUUAAUUUGUGCAAAGUUGGUAUUAUGAUAGAGGUCAGAACGACUCCUUAGCCUUAAGGCCACUAUCCUAUGUCUUUUACUUGGGAGUAAGCACACUGAACUCCGUGGGGCUUACUUUCAAGUAUGACAUGCAUAGGAUUGGGCUGCAUGUGUUGUACUCUUUCGCAGAAAAAACAAUCUGUAACAACAAAAUACAUUUUCUCACAUUUAAAUGUAAUUCUUUGUUGCUGCUUUAAGAAUCACAUGAGAAUCUUGUCCUAGGGAAAAAAAUACUGUAAAUACACUUGUCAUACCUUGAAUAAAUGGGUACUUUUUCUAUUAA